AUGACCAACUCUUCCACGUCCACUUCCUCCGCCACCGGGGGAUCGCUGUUGCUGCUCUGCGAGGAAGAGGAGUCGUGGGCGGGCCGGCGCAUCCCCGUGUCCCUCCUGUACUCAGGCCUGGCCAUCGGGGGCACGCUGGCCAACGGCAUGGUCAUCUAUCUCGUGUCGUCCUUCCGAAAGCUGCAGACGACCAGCAACGCCUUCAUCGUGAACGGCUGCGCCGCCGACCUCAGCGUCUGCGCCCUCUGGAUGCCGCAGGAGGCGGUGCUCGGGCUCCUGCCCGCGGGCUCCGCGGAGCCCCCCGGGGACUGGGACGGCGCCGGGGGGAGCUACCGCCUGCUGCGGGGCGGGCUGCUGGGCCUCGGGCUCACCGUGUCCCUCUUGUCCCACUGCCUGGUGGCCCUGAACCGCUACCUGCUCAUCACCCGGGCGCCCGCCACCUACCAGGCGCUGUACCAGCGGCGCCACACGGCCGGCAUGCUGGCGCUGUCCUGGGCACUCGCCCUGGGCCUCGUGCUGCUGCUCCCGCCCUGGGCGCCGCGUCCCGGCGCCGCGCCCCCGCGCGUCCACUACCCGGCGCUGCUGGCCGCCGCGGCGCUGCUGGCGCAGACGGCGCUGCUGCUCCACUGCUACCUGGGCAUCGUGCGCCGCGUGCGCGUCAGCGUCAAGCGGGUCAGCGUCCUCAACUUCCACCUGCUGCACCAGCUGCCCGGCUGCGCCGCCGCCGCCGCCUUCCCGGGCGCCCCUCACGCGCCAGGCCCGGCUGGUGCCGCGCACCCGGCUCAGGCCCAGCCCCUGCCCCCAGCGCUGCACCCGCGGCGGGCGCAGCGGCGUCUCAGCGGCCUGUCGGUGCUGCUGCUCUGCUGCGUCUUCUUGCUGGCCACGCAGCCGCUGGUGUGGGUGAGCCUGGCCAGCGGCUUCUCGCUGCCCGUGCCCUGGGGUGUGCAGGCGGCCAGCUGGCUCCUGUGCUGCGCUCUGUCCGCGCUCAACCCGCUGCUCUACACGUGGAGGAACGAGGAGUUCCGCCGCUCCGUGCGCUCCGUCCUGCCCGGCAUCGGCGACGCGGCGGCCGCUGCCGCCGCCGCCACGGCUGUGCCUGCGGUGUCCCAGGCGCAGCUGGGCACUCGCGCCGCAGGCCAGCACUGGUGA